AUGGGUGUUGUAAACAACACUUACGGAUAUACUGAACACUUGCAAAAGAUAUCUGAUUCAAUCCAACAUUGGGAAUCUACAUUGAAAUUUGUAAUUAAAUCAUGUAAACGAUUAGAAGAGAGCCGUAAAGAAGAUAUUCGGUUAGCUAAUGUACAACCUUGUUUUUCAUUACCAGUUCUUAACGAAUUGAUUGAAACACGAUUAGAUACUUCACGAAAAAGAACUAUUGGUAAAUAUCAAGAGAAAUCAUUCGAUGCUAUAGAUGAAUUCAAUAAUUCAACAAUCAUUUAUUAUCCACCGUGA